CUCAUGUUCUCAGAGCAAAAUCAAUUCCUUUCAAUGUGUCUUUUGUCAUAUGUCAACAUGCAUAUUCACAGCUUCUUUUCACUGCUGUUUCUGCUCCUGUUGUUUUCAAGAGCAGAUGCUCUCUUUGGUUAUGGUUUGAUUUGCUGCCAGUUUACUUCCCCUGAUGACCUUGUUUAUGUGGAGCAAAUCUACUAUAAUAAGGUGCUUCUGAUCGAGUAUAACAGCACUGAGGGGAAAUAUACCGGCUACACGGAGAAAGCUAAAGAGCUUGCAGAUGGCCUCAACAAAAGCCCUGCUAUGAAGAGAAAAGAAAAAAAGAAUGAAGAGAAAUACAGAAGCCACGUCCCAUUGGUGCUAGCUCUCCUUUCAAAAACAGUUGAGCCCUCCGUCAGGGUGAGAUCAGUUGAGGCAGCGAGCAGCAAACAUCCAGGCAUGCUCGUCUGCAGUGUGUACGGCUUUUAUCCCAAACAAAUCAGAGUGGCUUGGCUGAGGAACGGAAAGGAGGUGACAUCUGAGGUGACUUCCACUGAGGAACUGCCCAAUGGGAAUUGGCUCUACCAGAUGCACUCCUAUCUUGAGUUUACACCCAGACCCGGAGAGACAAUCACCUGUAAAGUGGAGCAUGCCAGCCUCUUGGAGCCUGGGCUUUAUGACUGGGACCCGGCAUUUGAGUCACAGAGGAAUAAGAUCGCAGUCGGGACAGCAGGGCUGCUGCUGGGUCUGGUGUUUUUAGUUGCUGGGCUGAUUUACUACAAGAAGAACACUGCUGGCCGAGUAUUGGUGCCAACAAGUUAAGGCCAAGCCAAAAUGUAAAAUGACCUGACUGUGGAAUCAUGUCACCAAAAUGGCAGAGGACCGAAUAAAUAAGGUUUUUAUGUGGCGCUGCACUCAAUUCUUGAGGAUCGAGGUUGAUGUGCUGUAUAUCGUAUCUACAGGAAUAAUUAAUGUUGCAAUAGUUAAUAUAUUAAAAGUAAGCUUUUAUUGAAGUUUGAGGAAAAUUGUUUAUUAGUAUUAGUAUUUUCUUACUUAGAAUGAUAAAUGAUUCAAUUGCAAGAAAAACGCUUCCACAGUCCCUCUAUGAGGCAAACAUAUGUCUGUUAUUGAAAAAGGGAAAAGAUCCCAUGGAUCCUGCUAAUUACCGGCCCAUUUCUUUGCUCAAUCUUGAUCAUAACAUUUUAACAAAAGUGUUGGCCACCAGAUUAAAUAAACAUAUAGCAACAAUUAUCCACCUAGAUCAAAUGGGCUUUAUCCCAGGCAGGCUUUCCUUUUUCAAUGUGCGUCGCGUGUUAAACAUAUUGUAUUCUGACUUAGGUAAGAACAAUCAAGCAGCCGUCCUGACAUUGGACGCCCAUAAAGCUUUUGACUCUAUCGAAUGGCCUUACUUAUUUGAAACUUUGAAGAGGUUUGGAUUUGGGAAAACUUUUGUGGACUGGAUUGAAAUGAUUUAUUGCUCUCCUAAAUCCUCCGUCUUAACAAAUGAUACCACCUCAGUGCCAUUUAGUUUACAUCGGGGUGUGAGACAGGGAGAUUGCUUGUCCCCUUUGUUAUUUAAUAUAGCAUUAGAACCUUUGGCAAUUGGGAUACGAAAUCACCCACAUAUAAAGGGUAUUCCAGCUGGUACAGCAGAAUGUCUUGUUACACUUUACGCCGAUGAUUUACUUGUUACCUUAAUGAAUCCUGAAGUGGGUGUUCCUUAUCUUUUACAAUAUAUUGAAACAUUCAGUAAAAUUUCUGGUUACACAAUAAACUGGGGUAAAAGUGAACUCAUGUUUACUGGUGAAAAUACAAUUUUACAAGAUUGCCCCUUUAAGAUUGUUCAGAACUAUAUUAUAUCACAUAUUUAGGACUUAAAAUCUCAAAAAAUCCUAAACUUUUGCUCAAAUUAAAUCUGUUAGAAGGUAUUGAUAAAUUAAAACGCAGCAUAGAAUACUGGAGGACUCUGCCCCUAUCUAUGAUUGGCAGAGUAAAUGCCAUUAAGAGGGUAUCUCUACCAAGAUUUUUAUAUCUCUUUCAAAAUUUGCCGAUAUGGAUCUCAGCUGAUUUUUUUAAGAAGCUAGACACAAUUAUUUUAGAUUUUAUCUGGGGUUAUAAAAAACACAGACUAUCUAAAAAACAUCUAUUCAGGCCCACUUUGGAUGGUGGUCUAGGUCUUCCAGUAUUUAAAGACUACUACUGGGCAGCCAAUGCUAGGGCACUGGCAUACUGGCAAUGGGGCUCUCCAGACCACGAAUCACUCAAUUCUGCCCCCCUCUGGUUAAAACUGGAGCUUAUGUCUUUAAUAAAACCAUAUUCCUCAUUAUCCUCCUUACUCUACACUAAUCUUGUAUCUGCUAUUAAAUCAGUAAGUCAUAGUUUUGUUGUCAGAAAUUCACUGAAAAUUCUUAAUCAAAUUAAACAUAUCUACAAAGUCCCUAGUAUUUCGAUAUAUACACCAUUUUGCCACAACCAUGCCUUUACCCCAGCAUUACUGGACAAUACAUUUGCUUUAUGGUGUGUAAAAGGGCUGAAGUGCAUAAUGGACUUUUAUUUAGACAACAAGUUUGCAUCUUUCGGUCAAUUAAGCUCAAAGUAUAAUUUACCACACUCCAAUUUUUUUCCGUUAUAUGCAACUUAGGCACUUUGUGAGGAAAAAUAUUCAAAAUUUUGAAUCUACUUGCGAGAGAAACGCUUUUCUAGAAUUGCUUUCUCUUUCACCAGAGAGUAAGAAGCUUAUCUCCAAAUUUGUGAAUUAUUUCUCCAAAGAUUCUGAAUCUGCUAACUGUAUUAAGAAGGCUUGGGAAAGGGAAAUUAAUGAUGUGUUGCCUGAUAAACUAUGGAAGACUGCACUCUCCCGUAUUCAUAGUUGUUCAAUAAAUAACAGGCAUAGGUUAAUUCAGUUCAAAGUGAUUCACCGUUUUCAUUAUUCUAAAGUCAUGUUACAUAAAUUUUACCCCUCUGUGUCUCCAAUUUGUGAUGAAUGUAAUUCAAAUGAUGGUACAUUGCUGCAUUUAUUUUGGGACUGUCCAUUAAUUUAUCAGUUUUGGUCAAGAAUCUUCUUCUUUUUUUCUGGGGUUUAUCAAAGGACUCUCUCUCCUGACAGAGACAUGGCUCUUUUUGGAUCCUCAGUGGACUCCUCAACUCUGCCUUUACAUAUUCAAACAGCUGUACUGAUGGGCAUGGUAUUAGCAAAAAAACGUAUUCUCAAAGACUGGAAGACAACAACUCCACCGUGCUUCAGAAACUGGUUGCAUGAAUUGGUCUCAGUUAUCCACAUGGAGAAAUUGAGAGCCAAUAAUUUAAAAUGUCAACAUAAAUGGGAAGAAUCUUGGGGCCCCUUUUUGCAAUAUUUGGACUCAGUUUGACAAUAUUUGUAUUCAUAUAUUGAUUGUUUUGUUUUUCCUUUUCUCUGUUCUGUUGUUGAAUACUCCCACUAUGGACGGCUUGCAUUUAACUAUCACAUGGAUGAUAUUGUAUGUAACAAUAUGUAUGUUUUGUCCUUGACAUGCAGUUUAGAUAAUUCUUUCUUAGGUAUUUGUAUUACUCCUCCCCGGGUGUAAAAGUGUGUGGGUGUGUGUGUGAGUGUGCGAGUGCAGGUGCGUGAACUUUCGGGUUUGGUUGUGGGUUUUGAUUUUUGUUUGAUGUAUGGGUUGUCGUUAAAAUUUGUCAAUAAAAAUAAUAAAU